AAAUUUUCGCGCUCGAUUCGUCUUCUCUGUAUCUCCCGGAGCUCCGGGACUUUUGGCGGAGGAGAUGAGGAGCUUGUUGUUGUGGGUUGCGGUGGUCGUGUGCUUGCUAUGUUCAGUCGCGGCGGUGGUUCAAAGCGGAUCUAGCGAUGGAUUUGGGAAACCGAGAGAUACUGAUACUGCGAUAUCUUUUCUGGAGUAUAAAUUGAUGGCGCCUUCGGUUCCAAUGGUACCUCUCACCUUGAUUCAGGGAGCUGACUCUAAAGGAGCUGUGUGCUUAGAUGGGACGCUACCUGGUUAUCAUUUAGAUCGUGGUUUUGGUUCAGGUGCUAACAGUUGGCUUAUCCAGCUUGAGGGUGGAGGAUGGUGUAACAACCAUAGGAGCUGUGUUUAUCGCAAAACAAGUAGGCGUGGUUCCUCUAAGUUCAUGGAAAAAGCUUUGGCCUUCACUGGAAUAUUGAGCAAUAAACCUGAAGAGAAUCCUGACUUCUUUAAUUGGAACAGGAUCAAGUUGCGCUACUGUGAUGGUGCGUCUUUCUCUGGCGAUAGUCAGGACGAGAGUUCUCAACUUUUCUAUCGAGGACAACGAAUCUGGCAAGUGGCUAUGGAAGAAUUCCUGUCUUUAGGCAUGAAGCAAGCAAACCAGGCUCUGCUUUCUGGAUGUUCAGCUGGUGGAUUAGCUUCCAUCUUGCACUGUGAUGAGUUCAGGGAACUAUUACCUAGUUCCACGAAAGUAAAAUGCUUAAGUGACGCUGGAAUGUUUCUGGACGCAGUGGAUGUCUCUGGUGGCCACUCGCUUAGGAAUAUGUUCCAAGGUGUUGUUACAGUGCAGAACCUUCAAAAGGACUUGUCCAGUACUUGUACAAACCAUUUAGAUCCGACUUCGUGCUUCUUUCCACAGAACUUGGUUUCAGACAUCAAAACCCCAAUGUUUCUUCUCAACACAGCAUAUGACUCUUGGCAGAUCCAAGAGAGCUUAGCUCCUCCAACUGCUGAUCCAGGUGGCAUCUGGAAGGCAUGCAAAUCAGAUCACUCGCGAUGUAAUUCAUCGCAGAUCCAAUUUUUCCAAGAAUUCAGGACCCAAAUGGUGCUUGCUGUAAACUCAUUCUCAAACUCUGACCAGAACGGUCUUUAUAUAAACUCUUGCUUCGCGCAUUGUCAGACUGAAAGACAGGACACUUGGUUUGCUCAAGAUUCUCCUCAACUAAACGGAAAGAGAGUAGCAGAGUCUGUAGGUGACUGGUACUUCGACCGGGCAAAAAAUGUCAAAGCCAUCGACUGUCCUUACCCGUGCGACACAACAUGUCACAAUCUGAUUUUCGAGUGAGUAAAUCGUUCAAACCCAUUUCUCUGAUUCUUUCAAACGUAUACCAUUAUUGCUUGAAAAUCCUUCCAUAUUUAUCCUAACUUCCAAAUCUGUAAUAUUGGUGUAUCUCAAAUGAGAAUCAUUUUGUUUGUCGAUUCAGAUCAUAAUUUAUAUUUGUAUGACUUCAUUUUUCGAUUGAAAUAAGCUUUCUUUCGAUGU